UGGCAUAAUUCCUCACGUCGCAUAUUAGUCUUCUACUUCACCUUCGAAUUCUCUCUCUUUAGCAAACCAAUGGCAUCCUCUCGUCAUUUCUCAGACAUGAACUUCUCGUCUGCAUACCCAGACAACAAUUCCACGAAGGAGCUCUUUCUCCAAGCAGGAGGUCGGAAAGCAAGUGAUGUACCGCGCCACGUAUUGCUGUUUUGGUGGAAUAAUCAAUCCAGCAAUAUGCGAGAGAUCGUGCAGCUCAAGGGGAUCUCUGGAAGAUACACGUACGAUCACAGGGUGCAGAUGUCCAGCCCGACAAGUGAGAUGAACAAUGAACGUUGGUCUCUUGGGAUGGCCACUCGUGCUGCUCGCAACCGCAUCAUUGAGAUUGCCGCAGCUGUUCCAUUCAACCCUCGUUCAACUGUAAACGAUUGCCGCGUAUGGAUGCGACUCCUUCUUGAGGCCAUGGUGCAGGAACAUAUCAUCACCCAGGAGAAGUUCGAUGAGAUUGACCGUGUUCAAAUCCCACUGCCGCGUCCAGCUCCUGAGGUCUGAUUUGUUGCAAACAGCCCCUCGCCAUACAAUGGAUUGAUUAUAUUCGUACCUGUAACGUUCCAAACUUGAUUGAAUGACGUCCUAUCAUCUCAUUACUCAUUAUAUCUUUUCUCCUCAGUUGUCGUAUGACCACUCUCACCACCGCUCACACUCCUAUCUAUUGUGACUACUAACUGUAUGGCCAGGCUUUUGGUUAUUCUUUCGCUUGCUACUCUAGUCCCACAAUCAUGUACAUACUCCUGCUUACUAGGUUAUACAUUAAACUACUGACUAUGCAACUGCAACUGUUCGUGUC